UACAAAAAAAAGUGGUAGGGGUUAGGAGAGGGAGGAGGAGGAGGAGGUUGCCAUAAACAAAUCAGCCCUCGUCCUGUUACUACCCCCUCUGUGUAUGUGUGAGUUGGAGAAGGCCGGGUGCAUACUUCGUGUACCUCCACCUACCAGUACUUGCACAGCCACCACUUGCCAGUUCUUACACCGCCGCUUGCCAGAGAGCUCUACAGUACCACGCAGCAGCGCCGUCAGGCAUAAGAUGAAAAAAAAAACAACGAUAAAGUGACAGCGCUCAAGUUAACUUGUGAUACCUGCUUCCACAACCAUGAUUGACUACAAUGAAUUCGUGGAGGAGGGCUACUAUACUAAGAAGGAAAAGACUGCUACUACCUUGUUCUUAACCUUCGUCUUCAGCCACUUCGGGUUGUUCCUGGUGGUCACCUUGUACGCCAUCGGUGGAGCAUUCGCCUUCAUCUCUCUCGAGCUUCCCAAUGAGAUGGUUCGGUACCAGGCGAAGCAGAUGAAGGCGGUGGAGGUGAACCAGACCCUCAACUAUGUCACUGACCUCUUCUGGUACUACCAAGGCAUGAACUGGACCAACUUUAAGACCUACAACGACACAAUGUACCGGGAACUCAAGAAGUUGGAGUUGUAUAUUAUCUCGUGUGUGAAUAACUAUGGCUAUGACGGCACUGUGACCGGCUGGGUCUACAGCUGGACCUUCCCUAAAGCUCUCCUCUUAACCAUCACUAUCAUGACCACUAUAGGAUACGGCAACACAGUUCCGUUGACCAACUAUGGCAGGUUGUUCUGCAUCUUCUUCGCCAUCACUGGUUGCCCGAUCUUCCUGGUUUUCAUAAGCAAGUUGGGCUCAGUCAUGGCCCAUGCUUCCGUCUACGUCUACAGCCGGUUCUGCUGUCGUUGGUGCAGGACGAGGCGCUACGACGAGGAACUUCCUCCCAACGUUAGCAAGAGGCAACGCAAACUCAUCUUAGAUGACGAUGUCGGCAACGAGGAGUAUAUGCCAACGAACAGGUUGAACGUGCCCAUCACUGUCAACUUGGUACUGAUGACUGCGUAUAUCAUGCUGGGAGGUGUCUUGAACUCCAAAUGGGAGGGCUGGGACCUUCUCUCCUCCUGCUACUUCACCUUUAUUAGCCUCUCCACCAUCGGCUACGGAGACUUGGUCCCCGGUCAGCAAGCCAACGAGACUAGCAGCACCAACAACACCAAGAUGAUCAUCUGUGUCUUAUACAUCAUUAUUGGUAUUGCUCUUGUGUCUAUGUGCAUCAACCUCAUGCAAGAUGAGCUGGUUGGCAAGUGUCAUUGGCUGGCGCGUGAAUUAGGCAUCACUAAACCCGAGGAGGUCAAAGAAAUCAAAGAAGAAGAAGAAAAUAACAAGGAGACAAAGAAAAAGAAGAAAAAGGACAAAAAGAAAAAAAAGAAUUCAAAUGACGCUGAGGAAAAUGUCCUUCCUGUUGAAGGUGGAAACGAUCUCCCAGCUGAUUCUCCUUCCUCUGUCAUCAACAGUUAGAAUAUCGACCACAUCAGUGAUGUCCAGUAUUCAGAUUGCUGUCUCCAAAAUCUAGGCUCCUUAUUUCCAAAGGGAAGGUCUCCAGUGCUAAAAUCCUGGGAGACAUCUCUAAAGUAUUGGCAUCUAUCAUCCCCAAAUCCUGUCCCCAAAACGUUGGCCCUUAAUUACACAAUCUUACACAGGCGUAAAGCCUGUCUUUGAAAGCAACUAUAAAACUUAGUCGAUUACCCUAACAGUUAAAAUACAAAUAUUCGAGUAAUUAAGCUUCAGUUAUGAAUGCGGAACGGGUAAAAAAUAUCGAACUCCGCGAGUUUUCCAAAAAUGUAGGAACGGUGAGCAAAAAAAAAAAAAAAGUAUAUCAUACAACAAAGGGAAAUUGCAAUAACCAUAAUUGUUUUGGUUUAUUCCUCACCGUCAGAUAAGCUGAACGAAAAUCUUCUCUAAAUUAUAUGUUGAAGGUCAGCUGCUUUGUAUUUUAUGGUACAAGUCAGCUGGUCUGUGUUAUAUUGUGCAGGUCAGCUGUUCUAUGUUAAAUGGUGCAGGUCAACUGUUCUUUACAUGAUGCAGGUCAGCUGUUCUGUGUUAUGUGGUUCAGGUCAGCUGUUCUGUGUUAUGUGGUGCAGGUCAGUUGUUCUGUGAUAUUUGGUGCAGGUCAUAUUGUGUAACCUACUUGUAGGUUACAAGACUAGCAACAGAACCGUUCAAGUUAUAAUAAAGGUAUAUAAUACCCGCGAAAGUAUAAAACACACUUAUAUAAUGUAAGGUAAUUUUAUUGUGAAUCCCAACUGGGCGAUAUCUCUCCUUAAUACAAUUACCUAAAUGCAUCAUAAAUUUGUCUUUUCGAAUUGUUUAUGACAGAUAUUGAACCCAGUGCGUCAUUAAUUCUAUAUAUUUUCACCCACAAUCAAGACUACUAAUUUGUGUUUAAACUCACAGCUGCCUCUUGACACCCAGUUAUGACGUAUUGGCAUAAUAUAUCUAAAGUGUGUGUGUGUGUGUGUGUGUGUGUGUGUGUGUGUGUAGUGCCAAAUAGGUAAAACUGGUCAAUUUGGAAGAACUAAUUUAAAAUUAAGUCCUUUCUAAAAUUUUCUCUUAUACGUUUAAAGAUAUAUUUUUUCAUUUAUGUUAAUGCAAAAAUUAAUAAUUCUGUACCAAAAGAACCUUAGAAAAGUUACCUAACCUUACUAUAACAAGCGCAAUUUAAUUUAGCCUAAUCCAACUAAAUAUAUUUUAGAUAAGUUUACAACAAUUUAAUAGUAAACAAACACAACGAAAUAUAUAUUUUUUUUCGUUAGGUUCAGAAUGAUUUUUGCGAAAGUGUUGCAAACACAAAUUUUCACUUGCCUUAUUCAGCAAGAAGAGCGUGCUAUAUAAGCCAAAAUCGCAGGUUUUACCCAUU